CACGACUGUCUUCCUUUUUUGGAUUUUAUCGCGUGAGGAACAGAGCCGGCGAAAUGGUUUCUCAGGGGAUUCAGAUCAUUGGCAUAUCGAUGGCCCUGAUUGGCUGGUUCAUGGUGAUCGUGGUGUGUGCCAUGCCCAUGUGGAAGGUCACCGCUUUCGUCGGAGCCAACAUCAUCACGGCUCAGACUGUCUGGCAGGGCAUGUGGAUGAACUGCGUGGUGCAGAGUACGGGCCAGAUGCAGUGCAAGGUGUACGAUUCCAUGCUGGCCCUGCCCCAGGACCUGCAGGCCGCUCGCGCUAUGAUCAUCAUCUCCAUCCUGACCGGAGUCUUCGGAGUGAUCUUGUCAAUCGCUGGUGGGAAGUGCACCAACUGCAUCGAGGAGGAGCGAUCCAAAUCCAAGGCUUGUAUCCUGGCUGGAGUUCUGUUCAUCGUCUCGGGGUUUCUCUGCCUCAUACCUGUCUCGUGGUCAGCCCACACCAUCAUCACCAACUUCUACAACCCGCUGCUGAUCGAGUCACAGAGACCAAGCCUUUUCACCAUGGGCAGGAUUGGCAAGGAAAUUGCCGGUCAGAUCAUCAGCUUCAUAGGCCUUAUAGGGGUAUCGGUGACGUGCGGGAUCCCCAUGUGGAGAGUGACUUCCUACAUCGGAGCCAACAUUGUGACGGGCCAGGUCAUCUGGGACGGCCUGUGGAUGAACUGUGUGAUGCAGAGCACCGGGCAGAUGCAGUGCAAGCUGAACGAGUCUGUGAUGAAGCUAUCCAAAGAUCUGCAAGCUGCCCGAGCCCUGGUCAUCAUCUCCCUCCUCGUUGGCUUCAUUGGCUUUAUCAUCACCUUCGUUGGAGCUAAGUGCACCGGCUGCCUGGACAAAGAUUCAUCCAAGGCCAAGGUGGUGAUCAUGAGCGGCUGUCUCUUCAUCAUUUCCGCCGUCCUGAUCCUGAUCCCCGUCUGCUGGUCUGCAGCCAUCACCAUCACAGACUUUCAGAGCGUCUUGACCAUCGAGACACAGAAGAGGGAGAUUGGAGCCUCCAUCUACAUCGGGUGGGCCUCUGCUGCACUUCUGCUGGUCGGAGGGAUCAUCCUAACCACGUCCUGCCCUCCACAAAAACCCAUGUAUGGAUACCCAGGCUACCCACCGGCACAAAUGUACCCUUAUGCAGGCCCAGCAAAUUAUGGGCCUGUGUAUGCGCCCCCAUCCAGCCAGCCCUACACAGCCCCCGGGUCCUACAUACCAAACAAACCAUAUGCAGCUCCAACCGCAUACUCUGCCAGACAAUACCUCUGAAAUUGAAAGAAAAGUGGACUGCGCUUUCUGCCAGGAUGACUUUAGGAACCUGUUGAAUCUUUCAUGAUAUGAUAUCUAUAGUAGAAAUGUUCCUAGUUUAUGAAGUCUUGAUAAAAGAGGAAUAUUGUGUCUUCAUAAGGAAGUCCCUGAUGAUACUGUGUAUUUAUUUUCUUGUCAUUAAAAGCACAUUUUGUAUAUAGCCAUGAUUUGUAAUUGUUUUCUGUAAAUGCCACUUUAUCUUUGAGUAUGCAAAUGAUUUUCAAUAAAAAAAAAUUGAUAUAUUCAA